GAGAAGGAACUGGAUCCGUGUCGUCAUGUGACGGCGGCCUCCGAGAAAAUGCCAACAUGGAACCGAGGCAAGGACGAGAUCUUCAGCUUUAAUAACUCGAAAAAGGGACCUACGUCCAGGCCAAGUUUUGUUUCAUUACACACAGGGAAGCUCGAUCCGUGUCAGCUUUGAGUUACUAAAGUAAGGGGUCUGCGGUGAUACACUCCCUCAGUCACCUGCCUUUAUUUUGAUCCGGACUGUAAUAAAUGGUUUCAGUAAGUGAUAAACCAGUAGCCGUCGCUAACGACGCACUUAUGCUGCUCACACUGCCCCACAUGGAGGUUGGGGGCAGUGAGGUAGGCAGUGAAAGGGGCAGUGAAGGGGGCAGCUCAGCCUCCUGCUCCAGCCCCGAGACGGGCGACACUGCUGCCGGUCUGGGUGAAGAAGACGAUGAAGAAGAAGAAGAAGAAGAAGAAGACGAUGAUGGACUCCUGAACUUUGACUUCCCUUCAGGCAUGGAGGAAGCUUCCAGAUUUCCUGAUUUCACCUUGCACGUGUCAAGCAGCUUCUCUCCGACUCUUGAGGACAUCGAGGAGUUCUUGAUGGAGAAGAUGGAACAGGUGGAGAAGGGUCUCGGCAUUCCAGACGCAAAAACAGAGCAGGUCCUCGAUGAAGACACGGCAUCUCCCACUAGUCAGCUGGAAGGUACGGCUGUCAAGUCCUCCACCCAAACCCCUGCUACUCAGACUGCUAGUGCUACAGCUAGCACUUCUCCAGUGUUCGUCGGUGCUCCAGUGGUGCUGCAGAUUCAACCGGUGCAGAUCAGCCACCCGCUUCCCCAAACGAACCCCCCUGCCAACGGACUGCGGGUGGCCCACCUGGUGCUGGGUGUCCAGGGUGGGCAGAACGUUGCUCUGCUCUACCCUCCGGUGUCCUCUGCGACUGUGUUGCCCGUCGUGGGAGAGACUGGGUGCCAAGACCAAAAGUAUGUGAAGAUCGCCCCUCUGCCCAUCACGUUUAGGGCUGUUGGCAUUGCAGGGACCAGCUUGGUCAAAGCCAUCCCUCCACGCCCACCCAGACCCUCCACAGAAAACCUACGGGUGCACAAGUGUUCCCAUCCAGGGUGCGAAAAGAUGUACACCAAGAGCAGCCACCUGAAGGCCCACUUCCGCAGACACACAGGCGAGAAGCCGUACCUGUGCAGCUGGCCAGACUGCGGCUGGAGGUUUUCCCGAUCGGAUGAAUUAUCCCGUCACCGUCGCUCGCACUCGGGAGUGAAGCCUUACAAAUGCACGAUGUGCGAUAAGAAGUUCGCCAGGAGCGACCACCUGUCCAAACACACCAAGGUGCACAGGAGCCCGCGCGCAAGCAGACUGGCCAGACCGAGCGUCUGAAGAAGCGCACCGUCCUUCCACUAAACCUGGAAAAGCUAGAUCUUCCUUUUAUUUUUUACUUCCUUUCUUCUUCCUUCCUGCUUGGUUCUCUUCAGAUCUGUGCUUUUCUCGGUGCUAACGCUGGCUAACUUGAACCUCAGGGAUGUGAUUGUUUAGCCCCGAAGCUACGCGCUGCUCACUACGCACUAUCCCUGUCCAAUUCCUUGUGUGAAUCUGAUUCGGGAGAGGUUUCGAUGCAUAAAUCUGGAGUGAGGAUUACAGCACGGUGCUAAACUGGUGCAUUUUUGUGAAUAUUCCCUUGAAAUCUGAACGGAAAAGACUUCGUCCCAUUGUGAGCACGUCUCCAGACUGCCUUACAGUGACAUCGGUGUCUUUCCAAAGCUACGUAUAAACCUAUAUAAGCUUGUAAAGGUAUAGUGUAUGCUCUGUAUGCUAAAACCGAGAAACGGAGAUAAUCCCGUUAUUAUUAUUAUUUUAUUUUAUUUUUUUUUCUAAACAUGCACUUGUCGGUGUCCUCUCGGAUCGGCUAAUACGUAUCGUCAUACUAUCAUGGAAUAGUAUCUAAUGUAUAGCACUUAAGGUAAGAUUUUAAAAUGUCCUGCCUCUGAAUAUCAAUCAAUGCAAGGACCAGUGUGAUUGUUUUUUGUACCGUGAUGUACCUUAGUUUCUUACCUUUUUUUGUACUAAUGCUUGAUGCCUUUUAUUUUGUUCCAAAAAAAAAAACGGCCCAAUCACAUCCCUGAUUGAACCAAAUCACGUUAAAGUGCGUCGAUCCAGUGCCUCACAUCUCUUUCAGAUUGUUGAGAGAGGCUAAUGCCAAACCAGAGAUCCCGGCUAUCGGUGGGACUUUGGCGUAUGACAUUCACUACUUUUAAGGAAUUGCCGCUUGCGUACUGUAAAAAAUGAACAUAAAUAAGAACACACAUAAGCUAAAGAAGAGGGAUGCAUCGAUACUGAUACUGGUGUCAGAUAUCAGUCUGACACUGUGCUUAUCGAGUCGUAUUGGGGGGUAAAAAAAAACAGAUGCGAGGUGACAUGCGUAUUGUUGUCGGCAAUAAACGACAACAGUUUGGACAUCAAUCGCGGUUAACGAUGGCAAAGCUAGCUGUAACUGUAUGCUGUACUCAGACAGUAUGAAUAACCUGAUAUAAACAUCUCUAACCGAAAACUCCGGCUGGUAAACGCUAGGAAAAAAACGAUGCUAGUUGAGUAUAAGUAGCUGCUCUUACCCUGUAUGUUGUUCUUGACAAUCAAGCUGCUAGCAUUCUCUCUGAUAACAAACAAAAACCUUAUUUUAACAUCCGAACGCUUUUCCGACACGAACCGAUACCAUGCGAUCUUACUCGAUACGACUCGUGUAGCUAGCUAGCUAAGGCACUUCCUUUAUUAUUAUGUAGCUAAGUCGCGUAGUUGUGUAAACGCAUGUACACACACACGCCAAUCUUUUCACGAUCGCUAAACAGAACGAGAAACAUUUCUCCGUACGUGUCCUGUCAGUAUCAGUCUCGUUAUCAGUAAUGUUUUCAAUUUUUACGGGAAGAGAAAUGGUCUGGAUGCAUCCCUGCUAGGGACAGGAAGUACAAUACUUGAGGAUCAUAAGCUUUGUUACAGAUCAGAGCUAUACCGUGUUUCGAUCGAUGGAUCAGAUGAUCGAAGGUUUUCGUGUAAAUGAAGCUAUCUUCUUAGGAUUGUAAAUCGUAAAUCGGUGAGUUUUUUUUUUAACACACUCCGUCCUGUCAGUUUCGUACUAUUAAAAAGAGACGGUCAGUAGUUUAUAAAGCUUCCUCACUACUCACGAUUGCCUUUGCUUUUUUUUUUUUUUGGCAUCUGUAGAAUCUGAUGUUAUUGUUGAUUUGUUUUUUUUUUGUUGUUUUUUUCUUUUCUUCUCAUUGUUGUUUAGAGAAAUCAUAAAAAAAACAAAACUGCGUCACCGGUUAAACGGCGAAACUCCAGCGCUUGUGGGCGACUGUAUGUUGAAUAGCACGUGACGGCGGUCGGUGGUGCUCAUUUAACCAGGGUGCUUUACGCUCUAUCAGUGCUGUGUUUAAUACACCCUCGCCACCUUGCCCACGUUAGUUCCUCUUGGUCAGAAUUUUGCCUGAUUGCCGGCUGUAGGUCCGGAAAUCUGAGCCGUCAGACUCGAUUUUCUUUUAAAACGAAUUAAAAAAAACAAACAAACGUGAUGUUAUAGGUAAACAUACCUAUAUAGUGUUUUAUUCCUUUCAUACCACAGCUAUUCACAAACAAUUACUAUACUUUUGUCUGUUUCUGGUUACAUUUAACUUUAUUUUAUCUAAUCACUUCCUGUUACGCUUACAAUCUUUUCUUGAAAACGUCUUCCUGGUACAAAAAGAAAUAUUCACAGCGUGAACUAUCACACACAUUGCGAUUCAAAUCCGUCGAUAUCGUGCCUGUGACUCGAGGCUGAACCGCUGUCUGAGCUGCUGUGAUUUUAGAAAAUUAAUCAACUUCAUUUUCUGGCCAAUCAGAAUCAGCGCUGUGGUAUGAAUUAAAAAAAAAAAAAAACGCAUGUAGCUACACUGCCAGUCAGAAUCUUUAUGAACACCUCCGGAUGUUUGUUUCGGUUCGCUGUAAAUGCUGCGGAAUAAAUAAAAUAACAGCGAAUGAGUGAAAUGGAAAGAAAUGUAUGCAAAAAAAUUUAGGGUUAAAAUUGUUCGAGAUAUUACAGUUAUUAUGAUAGCUUUUAAUAAAUAUCAGGUUUUUUUUUUUUUCAAAUUUCAAUCUAAAAAAUGAUUAGUUAUUGACUUAAAUUUUAUUUCCUUUUUUUAAUUAAUUAAUUAAGUUGAAUUUUUUUUUUUACUUCAAAAAUAUCAGAUAUUAAUCAGAAUUUUCAGGGGGUUUUUUUUAAGGAUAACAAAUUUUAAAAAAAGGUUAAAAAUUUACCUUUUUUAUUUUUAUUUAAAUCUAUCAACAACAAAAAAACUCUUGUGAAGUCAUUUAUAUUUCGUAGACCUAAAAUCUACAAUAUAAAGUAGAAAUGUCUUUGUGAAUGAUGUUAUGAUAUUUUUGCCAUCUCACACAUUGUUACUAAUUAGAGCUUUAAUAUUAGAUUUAUUUAUUUAUUUUUCAGAUCGAUUUGAUAUAAAAGUCAUUCAUCAAUCAUUUAUUUUGAGGUCAAUUAAAAAAAACAAAGCUAAAAUACUUCCUGAAUUUUUGACUGGCGGUGUAGGUAACGUGCUCGAAUUUUAGUUUUCACUUUGGACUUUGUCAAAAGUUUGUGCUCAAAUCUCUAAGAGGAAGUCAAUGAGGGCAUGUAAAGAACAGUAUUAAAACAUGCACAUCUCAUUAUUUUUCUCUUUGUGGAAGAGAUGUGCUCUUGUUUUCUUUUUCUUUCCCCGACAGCUGCCCCUAUCUCCUGCCCUCUCUCUCUCUCUCUCUCUCACACUCUCACACACUCUCUUACCAGACUCCCAUUAAUGCAUUAACACUUUAAUUUCCUCAUUAAAGCCAUCCAGUAUAGCUGCUCAGACGUAGCCGGAGAUGUCUAGGUUCUAUUUUUUUGAGUAACUGAAGAAUGUUAUUUUCCUAUGUACAACAAUAAAACAAGUAAAAUGCAAUUCACUCAUUUGGGCCAUUUGUCUAAUAAUGAUUUCAUAAAUCAUUUAUUAAAUAAAAAUGUUGUCAUCUGAUGUACGGAUGUAACCUUGUUAACUGACCUUACUUAAACCGCAAAUCUUUUAAAGCAUAAUUACAGGACACAAGGCCUUCAUAACACAUUCAAAAUGUGUUAAGAAAAUUGACAUUAAUGGAACUCAUACAAUUUACAUUAAUGGAUUUUAUACAAUGUCAAAAAAAAAAAAAUUAUGUUAAAGUAAGAACUAAGUUCCUCUCCUUCCUUAUUCUCCAAGUUUCUCAUGUUCAUAAGCAUUCAUAAAACCUUCAUACAUACAUUUUUGAGGAUUUCUGAAAGGCGUAUAUCCAAACUGAUGUGAUGACAUCUGUAAAAAAAAAUUCUUGUUUUUGCACUUAAAAAUAAAUAAAUAAAUAAAUAAAUCCUCUAGAAUCCACUGUUCAUACCACGUUCAUAAGCAAUGCACGAUUUCCUUACGAAGCAAUGCUGGAGGAUUAAUGAAGAUUAAUUAAGGCUUUUUCUCAGCACUUGUGAAGUGACAUCAUGGUUGUUAUGUUUUAGGUUAUGGAAGAGCUGUCAGGGGUUUUUUUUUUUUCUAAAAGCACAUUCAUGACACUUUCUGACAUUUUUAUAAGUAUUAACAUCAUUCAUAGACACUUGUGUAUGUUUGGAUAUAGAAAACGGAUAUAAAGCAUGCUGUAUGUACAACUUCUACAUAAUCGUUUAUUUAAAGAAGCUGAUAUUGUUCUCAAACUAAUCAAUUGUGUGUUUAUAACACCGUUAUGAAGUGCUGGUUUAUACUUUCUACAAAUGUACAUGUUUAACUGUACACAUUGCCAUUUAAGUGAGAAAGAAGAUAAUGCUUCAUAAACUUUACACAAACACUGUAUCAUUGCUAAAUGUAUGCAGUGCAUAGGAAUGUCUUAUGAAGGACCUAUGUACUGUAGAUACCCAUUCAUUAAAUCAUUGUAACUUUC